AUGCGUGAAGUCAACUUCUCCAUCCCGAAUGCCAACAAGGCCUCUGUCAACAUCACGACCGCCCUGUAUGAUCGCCGCGCCCUCGACUGCACCUCCACCCUCCCCCUCAUCAAUUCUCUAAACCACCUCGCAUACCUCACCACAUCCUCUGCGCGGAUACGCGACAUUCUCACCGUCGAUGGCGGCAUCGAACGGUUGAUAUGCAUUCUCAAAGAGGGCAGGAGCAAGGACAUGAUGGACAUGUGGAAGUGGAACCUCGCCUUCCAGUGCAUCUUCAACAUUGGCGUGCGUGGCUCAGAGAAUGUCCGGACACGUGUGGUCGAGGCCGACAUGGUGCCUGUCAUCGCUACCAUCCUCGACAAUUACAUCAAGGUAGUGGACAAGUGCAGAGAGCGAGCAGAAGCAGAAUUGCGAAGGAACGCUCGUCUCGGCACCUCAAGCCGUCACCACUCCUCUCGGUCCGGCGAGAUGGCAUCUGGCUCAGGACACAGAGCUGAACGUACACGACGUGCCGUACCCCCUCCCAUCGAGAUACCCCAAGCCUUCAACCACAACCAAGUGCCAUUGGAGUCACAAAAUGGCGACAUCACCCCUACGCCGGCCUUCUCUCUGAGCUCACCGCCCGAGCGGACCACCUUCACCCGCGGACGCCCACCACAUCACCACCAUCAUCGAAGCCAUGAGAAUAGAGGACAGUUGUUUGGCGCUGUCGGCACCAACCCACGCAACAUCGGCCAGCCGCUAGUGUCUGCUCUGCCGACAAUGGAGACAACCGAGACCUUUACUCUAAGGCCCGUGCGGGAUGCGGAUCGGUUGCCCUCCAUGCUUCCCGCGUUGCAGGGGGAGAUUACUUCCCAACCUGAAUCUCCUACUACACCAGGUGCCGCACAAGCGCGGCAAAGCAGCCCUCGCGCCGCUAUUGCGCGUGUCCGACGCCGCCCCUCCAUCCGACACCAGCUGUCCAUGUCUGGCGAGUCUGAUCUCGAUGCACAACAAGACGACAUUGCACCCGAGGCAACGACAACGGCUGGUACCGCUGUGAACGAGCCGAUCGUGGGCAUUCAAAACAACGAUAUUAAUAUGUCAGACAUUGUCGACAACGCGGAGAUGUUGGACGCAGGAGCUACCCCAGUGCCUAUUGCUGCACCAUCCGACGCUGCAGACGAAAACCACGAAACAUUCAACAUCACACACCGCCCUGCUUUGGACGGAAGUUUGAUUAACCCUACAGCGCAGACGACUGCACCCAUUGGUGGCUUCUCUCCGGUCCAGCCUGCAAUUAAUGUAGUCAACACCAACCCUCCUCCACCAUGGUACCCUCGCUACAACCAAGACCGAACCGCCACAGCCGGUGCGCUGGCCGCCAUGCCGCGAGACGAAGACGUUCUGAUGUCGCUGCAAUUGCUAGCGUACGUCUCAAAAUACUGCAACUUGCGCUCCUACUUCCAACAAUCGCACUUGGUUCCUAAACUCAAGAUUGGCAGUGACCUACAGUUACUCGAUGGCGAGACGGCGAGCCCCACGCCAAUGGCAGAAGACGAGGAAGAGUUGGAAGAGUACGAAUUGCCGGAUGAUUUCAACAUUUUUCCUCUUGUGGAAAAGUUCACCGUGCGACACCACACGUCCGACAUGCAGUACUGGGCUAGUGUUGUCAUGCGGAACCUCUGCAGGAAAGACGAUUCGCGAGGAGGCAUCCGCCAGUGCGCGUACUACCAGUGUGGCAAGUGGGAAGAGUACACACGACAGUUUGCCAAGUGCCGCCGCUGCCGCCGCACAAAGUAUUGCAGCAAAGAGUGCCAGAAGAGCGCGUGGGUCUAUCACCGACACUGGUGCGUAGCAGCGAACUAG